CUUCCACUGCUUCUGUAAACCCAUCAGGACCCAUGGCAAACACAUCCUGAUCAACUGUAAGGAGGUGGGCCGCAAGCCUCCCACUUUCACCGAUGCUUCCGUCAUUGCCACAGAGCUGCUGGACUCUGGCUACGAGUUCGACCAGGGAUCCAUCAUAUACAACAGAUUUAGGUCUGUGAUUUCAUAUAAGACAGAUGCGAAACCUCUAUUUUCCUUGGACACUGUUGCAAGCUCAGAAAACAUGGGCAUCUAUGAUGACAUCGAUGCUGAUGUGCUGAGGAACUAUCAGGAGUUUGCUCUGGUCAACAUCAUCUACUUCGGGCUGAAGGAGUCCACCACCAGUGAGCAGAGCGCCAGGAUGACCGCUAUGGACAGCGCCAGCAAGAACGCUUCUGAGAUGAUUGACAAGCUGACUCUGACCUUCAACCGAACUCGCCAGGCCGUCAUCACUAAGGAGCUCAUUGAGAUCAUUUCUGGAGCCGCCGCUCUAAACUGAAGCGUAACUGAGAUAAAGAGGAGUCCUGUAAACGUCCAGUGUGGUUCUGGCGCACAUAUUCUCCAGUGCAGUCACCUGGUGUAGAAUUCAUAAAUAUAUAUGUGCUUCUGUUUGUACAAUUAUCAGAGAAAAUAAACCUCUUGCAGAGAAACGCCAUC